UUCUAAACAACUAACGUCUGUGGUUUUUUGUACUCUACUCUUGUUUGCUUUUUUUUUCUUUCUCUCUUUUUUGUUUAAAGGUGAAACUUGAUGCAGUGCGCUCGGAUGUUGCAUGCCAUUCUCAGGAAAUGUAACACCUUUAACACCUUUUGUUUUGCCUCGUGGAGCGGUAUGACCUCAGAGGGCCAAGCAGAAACAGACCAGGCAAACACACAGGUGAGGGCAAUCGAAAGCCCUGUAGUGCCACCUCUGUUGCUGCCGCACUACGCUGAUCCUGGACCAGCCUCCUCAGAUCUUCACGGCAUAAGCCACUGUCUCCGCAGCAACGUAUUUCCAGGUGCUUCUUUCAUAUGGAAAUCCCUCACCCAUGACUCAUUCAUCAGACACCCUCUUAACACCUGCUCCACUGACCCCCGUGUCUGGCAUGGACACAAGACAAAUGACAUGGUCCAGUGGACAGAGAGAAACAUCAUGUACCAGAAGCUUGGCAAGAUGCUGACGAAAAUGGAAAAACGGUGCACCACAAAAUGAGGUCCUGCUUCCGACCACAACACACACACAGCUGCUGGGUUCUUCACACUUCUGUUGACUUUGGAGAUGCGAGAAACAAAGGUGUGAAACCUGCUUAAAUGAUAACGGUGAGGAAGAAUUCAUUGUGCCGCCACGUUUGGGCAGUGAAAACACUCUCUGUGUCUCUGGUAUGCAAGGACACGGAUGCGACUGAUGCUACUGUAGAUGAUGUUUGUUGACGUUCUGAAAUAUUGCUUCUCUCAACAAAGGCGGAGAUUGCGUGCUUUUAUUCUGACUCAAACCAAAAGCAAAGAAGUGGCAGCAGCGGAAGGGUUUCAUUUGUCACGCUGUGUGAUGAGUAAAGGCCGCGUGUAAAGAAUGGAGGUGGUUUCUACAGAAACCACUGAAACUUACUGUUUAUCACAACCUGCUGCCUCUGCUGCUGUCAGGUCAGACCCACAUCAUGAUCUGCUCUGCUCUGCCCUUUACUACACUGAAAAAGAGAAGAGGUGGACGAGACUGCUUUAAGUUUCAUGCAAAUCCCCGUGAAGGUGUUCAGUCGGCAAACACGCAACACUUUACUUUCAUCAUUCAGUCGUGCAGAUGACACUCAGUGUAAGGCUUUGUUGUGAAUCCGUUUUACUCCAUAUAAACUCCUACUGUAUUUAGCUAAAGAUCUUAACCCUGCACUCUAACUGGCUAAGUGAACGUGUUAAAGGAGUGACAUCAGCCCUGAGCUCAGAGCUGUGUUGUACCCACAUGUGCCACCUCAGAGCUGCUGGCGUGGCUGCCGAUGCUCAAGUUUUGUUUCCUAUGACACUACAUGGAACCUGCAGUGGUAUGUGAAUCUUACUGCAGAAGGUUAAUAUGCAACACUACUGGGCUGAGUCAAAUCUUGUCCCUACUUGCUGGAGUUAAAAACGUCAGAGUGCAGAUUUGGUGCCAGCUUUCUGUACUCUUUAACGAUCAUGUUCCAGAGUUGAGAAAUGUUUUCCUUACAGAGCUACAGGUUGUUGUUUUGUUGUUUUUUUUAAUGAAAGCAACCUCUCCUUUGUUAUUGUUUGCGUCUCUACACCCCUGCCCCCACCCCUGUCGUUUUGGUCUACUGAUGGAGCGUCUCAUCUCUCUGGUCUUGGCAGUUUCCCGCCUCAGACAUGGCGGACUUUGACCUUUUCAACAAGUGUACGCACUCUCUUUCCUGCCACAUCCCCUCUGCGUGCACUCUGGUUGAUGCUGACACCGUACUAAACAGCAGGAACUAGUAGUGUGUGAGUACUGGGUGGGGUGGUGGGGGUUGGGGGUUUGCAUCCUCCAGUCUACUUGCAGGCCUGAACCCACUCAGCCAAACCAGGCAUCUGCCGACUGCAGAUUUCAAGCGUAUUGUGUUGCAACCGUGUGCAUAUAUGCCUGAACGCUCUGUGGUCUGCUGUCACUCCAUGGCCUUUCAUUGACCUUUAAGACUGAGAUGAACACUUUAAGAUUAUAGAGCAUUGGUAAAAUCCACACUGAUAUAAUCAAUGUUGUUGACUGUGGCACACUUAUUGCACUACGACAAAGGAAAAUGUGAACAUUUCACAACCUGGCUGUUGACGUUCCAUCUGCAACAUGACUCUGUAGUUUCACUGGCAUUUCUAUGCAAGGGAUGUUGUAAAAUAUACAGUAGCACGAUGAACAAAGCACUAUAGACAUUGUGUAUGUAAGUAUGUGGGGAUUAAGAGUAACGAGUUGUCAGAACCUUUAUAUUUAGUUGGUGUGCUUGCUGUUUUUUUUUACUUUGGGACCUUUUCUGGCAUUAAUGCUGGCCUUU